AUGGAGAGAAAAAUUGAAAAAGUUUCAAAAAAGAUCAUGAAAUGAAGCAAAACUUUGGCUUUCCCUAUGAAUCAAGUUGAGCUUGAAAACCUUUGAAGGGAUCAAGUAACAGGAUUUAUGCGCUCACAAGGAUUAAAUGCUGAUCCAAAUGAUCAGAUUUUUCAGGCACUAAAAGUCGGCUCAUUAGACAAUUUAUCUCAGACAAAUGCUGAAAGCUUAGUCCCAGAACUAGUCAAGGAAUCUGAAGAGCUAGUAAAUAAAUCCAGCGUAGAAAUUGACGCCCAGCACAUAUCUUCUGCAAGCAUAUUCCUUGACACUCUCGAAGAUCUCACCAUUGUAAACAAAGCCACUCUUACUAGCUCAAUAGAUGUCUAUUUUCGCAUUAAUCAUCCUGCACGCUCAUUUGUUAAAGAAGAAAAACUCCUUAAAAAACUAGAAAAGCUAAUGAUUGAGAUGGGAAAACUGAAACAGCCUCAGGUUUUUGAAAUUCUCCAUAAUGAUAUUUCCAUUGAAAAACCAAAAGAAGCAAUCGAAAAAGCUUUCAAUGAAUGUGAAGGACUUACGGUUAAAGAAACCCACUUUAAAAUCGGUGAAGUUGCAGAAAUACAAUUUGGAGUUAUCAGGAAUUUUCAUUCAGAGAUUGGAAAAAUUCCUUUUUACUUGAUAAAAAAAUCACAAAAAAAGCUCAUAAAAUUUUUGGAAAAGCGUGGAAAUGAAUUUUUGGAGUCGUAUAUAAGACAAUUGGAAAUUAAUUUAGAAGUUUUUUGCCAGACUGGGAUCCAAGAUUUGCAAGCUGGGAGGUUAAGGCUCUUUGACAAUUCAAAAUGCAGCCAAGAGUCAAGAAUAUACAUGGGAAAUAUAGUAUAUUUAACUAGCUUUGGGAACAUAGAAGGGACUAGAACUACCUUAGAUACAAUUUUGACAUUUUUAGAUUUACCACCAGAGGCCUUUCGUCAAAUUCAUACUCUUGCAAAAGACACGAAUCCUGAGACAUUUGCAGAUAAUUGGCUAAAAUCAACAGACUCUUCAUCAAGAUUGUUUACAAUUGUUAGUCUUUUAUUGAUUUUUUCGAAUACUUAUAAAGCUAUUUUGCCGGAUUAUGAUUUUACAUAUAAUGAUCCUUAUACAGGUGCAAAUAGAGAAUGGCUCCGAAGAAUUAUUCAUGUUUCUUUUAAUAACAAGUAUGAAGAAAUGUUUGGGAAAAGCUGUCCAAAAACAGAAUGGACACUAGUUUUAGCAGCAGAGCACGCCAUUGCUAAGCUUUUACCAAAUCCCCACCCAAAUAACUGAAGAUUUAACCAUAAUUUAUUCAAUGUUCGCGAUGACGCUCAAAAAAUCCUUGAAGAACACUAUGCUUCUAAGCAUAAAAAAGUCAAAAGUUCUCCUAUGAAACUUUACCAUAAAAUAAAAGACAAGCAUAGGAAAAAAUUAAUAGAUUAUUCAUUUGAGCUUAUAAAUCCUAACCCUUCAUUGCAUAUCACAAUAGCAAUUUCUGGGUGGCUUUCACAAGGAGAUGAAAUGGAAAUUGCAUGGCAACUGCUAUCAGAAGCUACAGGGCAAAAUCAAACUUAUGCUUUAAGAUGGGACUCAAGAACAAGAAAAGAGGUAGCCAAAAAAGAUGUUCCUUCUUUGCUAGCUAAGGCUGUAGGUUCUGCUUUUAUUCCAGUGCUUCUUAUUCCAUUUAUACUAAGCUUGAAAAACAAUACCUUCAAAAAAUCAGCAAAACAAGCUGAAAAAACUGGAAUUAUUUUAGCUCAUUUUAUAGCAGAUAAGCUAUUCGGAAAUGCUUGCAUCUCGUUAAUAGGGUUUUCACUAGGAACUAGAGUUAUUUAUUCAUGCUUAUUAGAACUAGCCAAAAUGAAUUUAAAAAUAAUUCACGAUGUCACACUUUUAGGAGGCGCAACUCCUUUAAUUUUAGAAAAUUGGGCACUUUGUAGAUCAGUGGUGACUGGAAGAUUGAUUAAUUGUUAUUCGAAGACUGAUAAAAUUCUUUCUAUUUGUUAUACUUGCACCACAUUUGAAAAACCGAUAGGGAAUCUUACUUAAAUUAAUAUCAUGUUUAACGUCCCCACAGGGUAGGCAUUCGGGGGCCCAUCACCACCUCUUGACACGCAGGGAUCUGAAAGCACAGUCUCCCGGUACGACUGCCCAGCGCACAGCGCACCUCCAGGUGACGUCACCGACUUCUCUUGAGCACGUAGGUUUGCCUGCACGAAAAAUCUAAAAAAAUGGAUUUCUGGCCGACUCUCAGCAAAAAGGGGAGAAUGCGCGGCCUGGGACGUAACGCCCAGUUUCAUGCUAUCGAGUUGUCCGAUUGGUCUUUAGGGACUGUGCAGGGCUUGCCCUUUCCAACCUUUGCGUCUUCCUUCCCCAUGAGGUAAAAUCCAUCCCAGCCGUUGAGCAUGGGUAAGGCUCUGUCUUGCAGAAUUGCUGACCUGGCAUCUUUACUCAUUUCCAGAAUAGCAAAACCUUGCCGAAUAUAAUUAAAAAAAAUGGGCUCGAAGCUGCAUCGCCGGAAGGUCAUGCCCAGGCCUAGGCCAUUUUUUAAUUUAUCCAAUAGGAAAUCAUGAAAUUCCUAUAGAAAAUAUUGAAAAUUAUAAUGUCACUGAUUUCGCUUCAGGACAUUCAAACUAUAGAGAAGUUUUAGAUAGGAUAUUGACUUUAAUAAAAUAUAAUGCAUAG